GAAUUUCACCGACAUUUAGUUUAGUACCGUUUUUGGCUGCAGUCGCACUACGGACAGUUUAUUCUAAUUGUGUGCUACCAUCCAUACAAAUUAUUGUUAAUCGCUAACGAUAUUAACUACACAUUUUAAACGCUAUUAUCCACGGGCCCCGAGCAAAGCCAUUUUGAAAGCGGUUCUUCCAUUCAACACACCACACACGAAACACACAUACAAAAUUCAAUUAAAUCAAUUGAAAUCGCAAUCAAGUCCAAAACUAAAUAACUAAAUGGUAAACGUUGAAAUCCAAAUAAAUAAUAACUAUUUUCUAUGAAAAUCGAGUGUUUCCGAAUCGGGAAAAAAAAGUUAUGUUAAUAAUUCAAUUAAUGUUAACGCCAAAUAUAUAAUCCGACAAGAAGAGCGCAUGCAACAAGUUAAAUCCAGCCAACCGGCCAACAGUUGUAAACCAAGUUAGAUCCGUACACAGAUACACCAAUACCAUCACACGAACGAGCGCCCGGUAUACACACACAAGCACACACCACACCACACCACACACACACACAGACUAUAACAAUGUCAAGUGAAAACAUUCUCUGGAAGCAACAGGUUUCCCCUUAAUAAGUGUUAUAAAGAAGCAACAGUCAUCACCCAGAACUGUUCGUUUGAAAAAAAAAAAUUAAGUAAAGUAAAGAGAGAGGUAGCCAGAGAGCGCGAGAAUUAAAGCAAGAAGAUAAAAUACGAAAAAAGUAAAAAGCCAGAGAAAAGAGAAAGAAAGAGAGAGGAGCCAGGCACAAUAAAAUCAUACGAAAAUAAUAGAAUAAUAAGCAAAAAAAAAAAAAGAAAAGAAAAGCAAAGAAGACAGUUUUUAAGUGGGUUAAAAUACAUAGAAACAAAAACAACAACAAAUUAGUGUGACUGCAAACCAAGUGGAACCGAGAAUCAAACCAAAACCAUCCCCAAAACCAACCGCAAGAUCCAACGGAAAAGAGAGUUCUUAGAGCGCUGAGAUCCGCAUAGCGCGAAGAACACCUCCAAGAACCAUGGAAUUCUACGAUGGCGACCUCAAAGAUAUAUGGGACUCCGACUUAGAUCCGGAAUCCUUGAAAAUUAGCCCCGAUCACGAUAUGCACGACUGGCUGUUCGAUCGCGACGUCAAGGAUGACACCGUCAUACUCCACGACAAGCUCAUCUCGGAUGCCCUGCUCAAUGGCACACAGCCGAUCAAGACGGAGCAUUCCUACAGUCUCAACAGCGACGUUGAUUCCCUGCCCGAUUCUCCAAAAAGCCUGCAGGCUAAGAUCGAGGACAUGGACGACGAGUGCUAUCCCGCCAUUUCACUGAAGACGGCCACCAGCGGGCGUGCGACCAUCGACCCCAAGUGCCUCACCCUCCACGUCCCGCCCACACAUGCCACGCCCAGCAGCCUGAGCCGGCUGAGCAGCAAUCCCGCCCUGAACGCCUCCGUUUCCGUCGCCGAGUUGACGCGAUCCGGACUACAGAGCCUGCAGGCGCAACAGUCGCACGGACACGGCUCCAGUUCCGGCCACGUAGUGGUGGCCUCCCUGGAGCACUUUCAACUACCUCAGCACUUGUACCACAACGACUGCAGCUCCUCGGUGUCGUCUGUGAGGGACGGCAGCAUGUCGCCAGACAUUUGCUCGGACAUCGAGAUCGACGAAUCGGUCAUCAAGGAUGAGCCCAUGUCGCCGGACUCUAGCUGCCCCGCCAGUCCCACAUCGCAAGCGAGCAGCUCGCAGCAUCAGCACCAGCUCAACCUUAAUCUGGCCCACCUGCAGACGGAAAUGCUAUUCGAGCAGAAGCACGGUGGCCUUUUGUUGACCGCCAGCAGCAGCAACAACAGCAACAGCCUCAUCAAAUCCCAGCAACGCCAGCAACAGCAUCUCCUUGGCCAGGGCGAUCUGCUGAUGACCAAAAUGGAGAUCAAGAGCGAGAAACAAAAUGCCAGCAACAGCAGCAAUAGCAGCAGCAGCAGCAACAGCAGUGCCAGCAGCAGCUCGGGAAAAUCCCAUGGCCAUGGCUAUGGUAUCCCGCUGACGCCACCCUCCUCCCUGCCCAGCGACGACUCCGAAGGUAACUUGACACCGGAACACUUGUUUUCGCCACUGUCGCCCAACGCUUCCGUUUCUAUAUCCGUGGCCAAUGCAGCCGGCGGCGAGUCAACCGUGCGAGUCAGCCGCAAUGCUGCCGGCAUCACGCGCUCCGCCAGCGCAUCCGGAUCCGGAUCCAGCUCCAGCACAACAACGACAACGACACGGCAGCCGAUCCACACGCCGUUGAUUAGUUCACAGCCGAAGGGUUCCACGGGCACACUUUUGCUGACGGAGGAGGAGAAACGCACUUUGCUGGCCGAAGGCUAUCCAAUACCGCAGAAGCUUCCACUAACCAAAGCCGAGGAGAAAUCACUCAAGAAGAUUCGGCGUAAAAUCAAGAAUAAAAUCUCUGCUCAGGAAAGUCGGCGCAAGAAGAAGGAGUACAUGGACCAGCUGGAGAGGCGUGUCGAGAUCCUGGUCACCGAAAACCAUGACUACAAGAAGCGCCUCGAGGGGCUGGAGGAGACCAAUGCCAAUCUACUUAGUCAGCUGCACAAACUGCAGGCCCUAGUUAGCAAGCACAAUGUGAAAAAGUCCUAAGGCCCCAAGGUUUCUGGUUUCCCGGAACUUGAGGUUCAACUUUGCCCCCCGCCUUCCCGAGAUAUUUGUAGAUUUUAAUAACAGUUUUUCGUUCGAUUUGAGAUCAGUCCUGGAGUUCCAUUAGGAGGAGUCUUUGUUUAUUUUUUGAUGUAAGAAUUUAUGCAACGACUACGAUGAUGAGGAAAUUUUAAAUGAGAAUUUUUUAUGAUCGGCUUUUUGGUUAGCACAAAGCGGUAAACAUUCCCCUCGCCCCGGCCCCUCCACUAAAAAAUUAUAUAUCUAUAUAUAUAUACAUAUUCCGCAAGAUUUAGCUCGUAUAUUUAAUGUGUAUGUAUGUCCUAGCCACUACUUGUAGAACCUCUAUAUAAUAUUAUAGCUAUAUAUAUAUAUGUAUAUUAGUCAUGCAUUCCUGUUAUAUAAACUUUGAUCUAGGCUGCAACUACAACAACAAUUACAAUUACAACUACAAUUAAAAUCGAGAAGCUCAAAACAGCAGAAGCAGCCAAUCCAGAGAAAGAAGCGUCUAAAGAGAAGCUAAAAUAACAAUAAUUGUAAUGAAACAAACAAACAAAAAAAAAAAAGCGAAAACAACAGACCAAAAAACGAAAAA